AUGUCAACAAAUUCGCCAAAGGAUUUUGUGGAAAGUUUAAAAGGUCGAGCAGUAAUUGUUAGGUUGAAUAACGGGACGGAUUAUAAGGGCAUCCUUGCUUGUUUAGAUGAACGUAUGAACGUAGCGCUAGAACAAACCGAAGAAUAUUAUGAUGGUGAAUUAACAGAUAAAUACAAUGAUGCUUUUAUAAGAGGAAAUAAUGUAUUUUAUAUAAGAGCCAUUGAGGAAGACUGA